AUGAGUCAGUCCGGUCCACCUGCCGAUGCCAAGCAGGCGCAGGCUGCGGCAUUGCAAGAACUAGAAGCUGCUCAGAAGAAGAAACGAGCUAUCGAUACCAAUCUGGCAAACUUGGAGCAUUCUAUUUACGCGUUUGAGGGAAGUUAUUUAGAUGAGACAGCUGCAUCUGGAGGUAACAUAAUAAAGGGAUUUGAUAACUACCUUAAACCUCCUCCUACCAAUGUCAAUAAGAAGAAGUUGGAAGUGACUGAAGCGGAUAGAUUGUUCAGUACGAGUAGUGGUACAUAUCAGCAGAGUCUCGCUGCGAAGAGACAACAGGAUCAGUCAGUGGAAUAG